CCCUUCCCCCACCCCUCUCUCUCUCUCUCUCCUUCUCUCUCUCCCCUCUCUCUGUCCGUCCGUCUGUGUGUGAGAGAGAGAGAGAGAGAGAGGCUUCCUCUAACUAGCGCAGAAUCAUCAUCAUCAUGGCGGAUCAAGGCGAAGCUCCGGCUCCCGUCCUCCCCCCGCAACCGGCGCUGACAACCGGCUGGCCCAUCACCAGGGAGUCCUACGAGCUGCAGGAAGUCAUAGGCAGCGGGGCCACAGCUGUGGUGCAGGCCGCCCUCUGUACCCCCAGACAGGAGCGCGUCGCCAUAAAGAGAAUAAACCUGGAAAAAUGCCAGACUAGCAUGGAUGAGCUGUUGAAAGAAAUCCAGGCAAUGAGCCAGUGCUACCAUCCCAAUGUUGUCACCUACUACACCUCCUUUGUAGUGAAGGAUGAACUUUGGUUAGUCAUGAAGCUUCUGAGUGGAGGCUCCAUGCUGGAUAUAAUUAAGCACACAAACAAAGAAGAGGACAGAAAUCGACAUCUCGAUGAACCUAUUAUUGCUAGUAUAUUAAAAGAAGUCCUUGAGGGCCUGGACUACCUGCACAGGAAUGGACAGAUCCACCGGGAUGUGAAGGCUGGGAACAUUCUACUGGGAGAAGACGGAUCCGUUCAGAUUGCAGAUUUUGGAGUAAGCGCAUUCCUUGCCACAGGGGGAGAUAUGACUAGAAACAAAGUGCGAAAGACGUUUGUCGGCACGCCAUGUUGGAUGGCGCCGGAGGUGAUGGAACAGGUUCGAGGCUAUGAUUUCAAAGCAGAUAUAUGGAGCUUUGGAAUUACCGCCAUAGAGUUAGCAACAGGCUCGGCACCCUAUCACCGCUACCCUCCCAUGAAGGUUUUAAUGCUCACCCUACAGAAUGAUCCCCCCACUCUAGAGACCGGCGUAGAGGACAAGGAAAUGCUAAAAAGAUACGGCAAAUCGUUUAGAAAGCUAAUAACUAUGUGCCUUCAGAAGGAUCCUGCCAAAAGGCCGACAGCCGCAGAGCUUUUGAAGUGUAAAUUCUUCCAAAAGGCGAAGAACAAAGAAUAUUUGGUUGAAAAGCUUUUGUGUUGCGCACCAAAGAUUUCCCAGCGAGCGAAGAAGGUGAGGAGAGUCCCGGGCUCCAGUGGUCACCUGCACAAGACAGAGGAUGGAGACUGGGAGUGGAGCGACGACGAGCUGGACGAGAGCAGCGAGGAAGGCAAGGCGGCGGUGAACCAGGGCCGGUCACGAAGAGUCAGAGAUGAGGCCAAAGAUAAUGAGGAGAACGCCAACAAUCUCCCUAUUGAAGGGUUGUCUAUUCAGCAUCCCCAGGUCGAACCCUUUGGAAAUACGCCCUACAUUGACGGCGCUCUGAACAUGGUGCUACGACUAAGGAACUCUAAAAAGGAGCUUAAUGACAUCCGGUUUGAAUUCACCCCUGGGCGAGACACAGCUGAGGGGGUUUCCCAGGAACUGUUCUCGGCCGGCCUGGUCAACGGACACGAUGUUGUUGUUGUUGCUGCUAACCUUCAGAAGAUUGUAGAUGACCCGAAUACCUACAAAGUGUUGACCUUUAAGCUGGUGAGUUUCCAAAUGAUUGAUGGCCGAUGCAGCCCCGCUGGGUUUGUCCCGGCUGACGUAAACAGCUUUUUGAUGAAGGGUUCACCGAGGAACGUGAGAGUUGAAGUUAUUAGAAAGGCUUCAGAACCAGCAUCUGUUGCUGAACCCGUUUCACUUGAUGACACAAAGAACUUAAUGUAAGAAUGUUUAACUCAACCAAGGAAAGUGUGGCAUGAUUGUGACACGCAAGUGCAAGUGUUUGGGUGUAUUUUGGAUAAAACAACAUAAUAAUUAGCUCUAGUCACACUCUGACAAUGACUUUCCCUGCUUGCAUCGCUUAUCUGCCAUUAUAAGAAGUUACCUUUCUAUUAGAUAAUCAGUGACAUUUACGAAAAAAGGCAAUUCUUUUGGAUUUGAGCAAUUCUGUUUUGUUCACCUUAAUGUAAUUGUAGGUAAAAACCAUCUGUGCUUGGUUCACUAUGCGCUACACUGCCCUGUUUGCGUCCUCAGCAGUGUGUGCUGUGCGAGUGUGCUGUAGGUAUAAAGGCAUGCUGCCAUUUCCAUAUGUUAACCCAGCUCCACUGCAGACAUAUUAAAAUCCUCACCGCGGCUCAGCUGUGCCUUUCUUCACUAUUAUUAGUGCGGUGUCGCAAAACUGGUGCAUAGGAAUAAUUAGGUUCGCCACGGAAACCGCGAUGACACUCUGUGAAGGAAGUUGAUGCCGUCGGUGAGCAACUUAAUCACCUGAGGGAGCGAGAGGUCACUGCAGGCUUCCUGUUUUCACAGUCCCUCCGUGUUGAUCAGACAUCUGCAGAGCUCUCAGUCCCCCAGAGAGAUGAACCGUCUCUCCCCCAAUCCGGUGUGAAUGGCCAGAGGCCGGCCGGUGUUUAGGGCUCCUCUUUGCACUGGCUCCUCUACAGGGGAAAGAGCUGAGUGAAACCCGAAAAAAAAGAUCUAAAUGCUCUCAUGUUGCCUCUGCGAGUGUCCAAAAUUGGAGUGAGAUGCGGGUGCUGGAUAGCUGAACUGUCGGCAAUGAAUCGUGCUUUUCCACUGGGGGCUGGUUUAAGUUUAAGGAAGAUGCACGACAUGGCCAAAACAAUGUUACAUUAAAUAUAUACUAGAUGUAUACUCGACUUGAAUCCCAAAUUCCUCAUUGCAACAAUGGAGACUAGUUUAAAUCAUGAAAUGCAGCCGCUGACCAAAACAUACUGUCUAUGUGAUGCAUUUAGUUUGAUGAUAUAUGAUAAGUGAUAUAAAUGUACAAAGAUCCAAGCAUUUAAGCUUCUAAAUGUUUAAUCCAACUGCACAAUAUUGAUAGUGCUGCAGACAAAGCACAAACACAAACCUGAUCAGAUUUGCUAUUGGCCAUUGGCCAUGUUACUAUACUCUAAUAUACAUUAAAAUACACUUUUCCAUUUUAUUAAAAUAUAGAGAACAAAACCAUUGAAUUUGCACAGCCUAAAAAUAACUGUUUAAAGAUAAUGCUGGGAUUUCUAUUAUUGUCAAUAAAUCAACAAAACUAGCCACACAUUUAAUACAUUUCUCAACAGUUGCUUUAAUAAAUAACUGUUUUGCUGUUAUCAAUUAUCAAUAUACAGCAGCUAAUACAAUAAUUGUUUCCGAACAAAGAAAUAAGUUGUGCUUUGGCUGGGGAUUCAUUUGAAAAGCGGAUUAAACCCAUUCAAGAGGAAUAAGAUCUAUCAGGCUUUGCUUAUACAGACGCACUAGAUAGUGGACCUGUGUGGAUUUUUGGAAAAGAAGAAUUGAGUUUAGAAACUCGACAUUUAGAGAAAUAAUAAUCCUGCAGUUGUUUCAAUCUCUUUAUUAAUUCAUGGUGUAAAACACCAGCGGUUCUAGAGAAUUCUGUUGCUGAUGAGUAUCCACAUUGACCUUCGACCUGUCGUCUUCCCCAUGCAGGUUUCAGGCUGCGACGACACAGAGAUCCCGGACGAGGUGAAGCUGAUCGGCUUCGCGCAGCUCAGCGUCUGCUGAUGCCCUCUUCACGCCCGCAGCAGGUGGCACAGCGGGGAGACGGAUCGGGGGCAGACGGGACGAAGGACACACCAUCACUUCCUGCCACAUCUUCCCCACCACCCAGCCUGAAGACUCAACCCCCCUUCUCCCUUUCCCCGACCCCCAAAAAGCCACCGGCCCACCGCCCCUCCCACACCUCAUAAGCGCCAACCUCCCUGCUUACUGUUCACCCCCCCGACCUUUAACCUUAAACACAUUCCACGGCCUGGCGGACGGAGCGGGAUCACGAGACAGCCCCGGAACUUAAAGAUGUACUCAGGUGGUGACAAAAGGUGAUUAAGAUGUAGCUUUGAAUGUUUGUUUUUUUCUUCCUCUCUUUUACUUGUUUCACAUCACAUUACCUUUGUGUUCAGCACAACUCUUAUUAUUUAUUCAAAUGAGGAGGAAUUUUUACGAUGAUUCUCAUGCGGUUUUGUUGCCACAGAGAAAACAAAUUGACUGGCAUCCCACAAACACACUCAUUUGUGAUAUUUCCCAGAGGUCUUUGACAGAAUGUACAACUCAGUUAAUUUAUGGUGAAAAGCACAUUUUCAUAAUAACACAAUGAAUGUCUAAAAAGAGAAAGAGUUGUAUUGUGUGUUGUCAAGACCCGUUUCUCGCUGACAAGAAGGGAACCAUGUGCUUGAGAGUGCAGGAAAGAAAACAAAGAGACCUGAAUGCGACUGUGUUUAAUUUGCUGCUCUUGACAGCUUUUGCUUCAAAAUGUUAGAGGUGCCUUGUUCAUUUUCCUGUGCCUAAGAAAGUAGACAAUGAGUGAGCAGACACACAAAGAGCAGAACCUGCUGAUUACCAUUUCAGUUCAAGUAUUUUAACUUAAUGAGACAAGCACUUUUGGGCUGAGUGUGUGCCCCCCCCCCACCCAACAAGCAUAUUAGCCCCUGAAGACCAGUUAACUUGUGUGCUUUUGUCAUCAGACUAAUGAAACAUAACAGAACCUGCAGUCGUGUAAUCAGCUCUGGUUGACGUGUAUUUAGAUCACAGGUUAAUUGACAAAACCACGAAUAAUUUCCUGCUGCACUACUAAACCCUUUCUUCCCAAAAAUGUUACUGGUUACUAAAAUGUACUGUAUGACAAUGCAUCUGGGGAUGAGACCAAGAGGCAACUAUUGAAAGGGUGACAAGCCAUCUGUUUGUCCCAAUACGUCCAGUUCUAAAUUAUUUUAAGUAUUGAAAGGGUAAAUAUUAACUUCUACUUAAUUCUUUAUUAUAAAGUAAUUUAUUGUGUUUUCUAUGUACAGUAUGUGUCCCGUUUCAGCAUAUAACCCUUAUUCCUUCUCUGUAAUCAGCUGAUGUCAAAUUUCUGACAAGAGCCACAAUAAAGAAUUGCUAUUAUUUAAAAAAAA